GAUAAAUCCAUAAGACACUGUUUGCUGCCGGGGAAACUCAGUUUUGAGGUUGUGCAGAAUUUUUGCCGGGCGGGAACUCCCGCCAUUUUUUCAACCCAGGCGUAAACCUCUUGCAUAUUUCAAUGAAGUUAUUACAACCCUUUACUAUCAUUGUAACAACUUCAACUUUCAAGGACGGAAACUGCGAGUCAAAAAAAUUAGCUCCGUGAGAAGAGGCCUAGUCUUUGGAGACCGGAGUGUAGAGAGCGCGCCAGACCCCUAGACGGGAACCUCCGCUGUUGCGGCAAGUUUGAGAAUCCUGUCAGCUCGCCUCUCCAUCCUCCUUUCGGACAAGCUUGCAGAAGUUUUUCUGGAUAGCCUACCCGAAGAGUCCAUUAUAAUUGCACAUUUUUAAACAGCUGUUUUUGACAAGUUCGAGUUGAUAAACAAUGACACAACUACCGGCGAACAGAACAAGGAUGUGCUUUUGACUGCUAGCAAGAAGUGCUGUGUUAUUGUUUUGCAGCGAGGAUUUAGCCGACUUGCUAGGUCAGCUAGCUAACUUAGAGGCUACACGUUGAAUGCUCCUGGAAUAUCUUUUGGAUACUUGACUACAUGCUAAGGCCAUAUUGUCAUAUUUUGCGUAGUUUUGUGCUAGGACUUUUAUUCUUGAAGACGUCAAUCGCUGCCGUUUCGUACUCAGGAUGGCACCACUGCUGGGCCGGAAACCCUACCCGCUGGUUAAGCCGCUAGCGGAGCCGCCAGGCCCAGAGGAGGAGGUCUACAUCAUCGAACACACCAAGGAGGCCUUCAGGAACAAAGAAGAGUAUGAGGCGCGCCUGCAGAGAUACGCCGAACGCAUCUGGACAUGCAAGAGCACCGGCAGCAACCAGCUCACACACAAGGAGGCCUGGGAAGAGGAGCAAGAAGUCACUGAACUGCUUCAGGAAGAGUACCCACUAUGGUUCGAGAAGCCCGUCCUGGAGAUGGUUCAUCACAACACGGUCUCCCUGGACAAGCUGGUGGACCAGGCCUGGGUGGAGAUCCUCACUAAGUACGCCGUAGACGAAGAAUGUGACUUUCUGGUGGGGAAGGAAAAGAGUUUGCGGGUUAAGGUCGUGAAGAUACACCGUCUUGAGGGGAACGAUGAGGGGGAGACGUCGGAGAAGAAGCUAGAGGGAGCCUGCGACUCUCCUUCCAGCGACAAGGAGAAUGCCAGCCAGGAGAACCAGAAGAAGGAACAACAGCUGCCCAGAGAGGAGGAGAGCCCCAGGGAAAGCAGGAGAGAGAGCCUCAGUGACCGAGCACGGCGCUCCCCCAGGAAAACGCCCACCGCUAUGAAGGAGGAGAAGAAGAGAUGGGUGAUGCCAAAGUUCCUGCCACACAAGUACGACGUGAAGCUGAUCAGCGAGGACAAGGUCAUCAGUGAUGUCCCAGUGGACAGCCUGUUCCGGACUGAGCGCCCUCCAACCAAGGAGAUCAUGCGCUACUUCAUCCGCCACUAUGCACUCCGGCUUGGGAUGGGAGAGACGGCCCCCUGGGUGGUGGAGGAUGAACUGGUGAAGAAGUUCAACCUACCCAGCAAAUUCAGCGACUUCCUCCUGGAUCCACACAAGUUUUUCGCAGAGAAUCCAGUCUCAACCAAGCGCAAGAGCCUGAGCUCAAUGGAGGGCAAACCCAGUAAGAAGCUGAAGACCUCGAACACCCCGGGAGGAGUGAAUUCGGGGAAUGAGAAGAAAAAUAAGGAUUCUCUCGGCAUGCCCCUGAGCCCAGCAAUCUGGGGCCACAUGCAGAUGAAAAUGAAUGGCUCGCCUCUGAAGGUAAAGAAUUCCGGAACCCCCAAGAAAAGAGAGGGUGGGGCCUCUGUCCUCUCCUCCCCAAAAUCCAGCAAAAAACCUGGAGACAAGAAAUCUGCUACUGGCAAAAAGACGCCCGGCAAGAGCGGCCAGAAGGCGUCCUCCAAAAAGGAUGAAAAGGGUGGUGGCGCCAAGAAGCCCAAGAUGAAGCAAAUGACCCUGUUGGACUUGGCCAAGAGCCCUCCCUCUGUUGGAAGCCCCAAGAAGAGAGCCCGGAGCACCGGCCCAGGGACCCCCAAACUGGGCAAGCCCCUGCACCCCAUGGCCCUGCACCUGCUGCGCUACUACAAGGAGAACAAGGGCAAGGAGGACAAGAGGAACGCCAUGUCAUGUCUCAUAUCCAAGGCGGCCAAGGCCCUCUCGCCUGAGGACCAGGGCCGGCUUCCUGAGGAGCUCCGCGACCUUGUCCUGAAGCGCUGGGAGCUGCUGGAGCACAAGAAGAAAUGGGCGGCCAUGAGCGAGGAGGAGAAGCAGGACGUGAUGAGGAAGAAGCGCGAGGAGAUCAAGGAGAAGCUCCGGGAGAAGACCAAGGAGCGGCGGGAGAAGGAGCUGCAGGUGCGCCGUGAGCAACAGCGCCGCUAUGAGGACCUGGAGAUCGAGGGCGGCAAGGCACUGCCUGUCUUCAAGCUGGUCGACAUGCCAGAGGGGCUUCCCAACUCCCUGUUCGGAGACGUGGCCAUGGUGGCGGACUUCCUCAACUGCUACGCGGGCCUGCUAAUGCCCGAUGACCAGUACCCGGUGACAGCAGUGGCCUUGAUGGAGGCUCUGGCCGGGGAGAAGGCAGGUUUCCUCUACCUGAACCGUGUGCUGGUGGUGCUGCUGCAGACCCUGCUGCAGGAUGAGUUGGCCGAGGGCUACAGCGAGCUGGACAUGCCCCUGUCGGAGAUCCCCCUCACCCUCCACUCUGUCUCGGAGCUCGUGCGCCUGUGCCUGCGGCCGUGCGACGCCCACGGCGAUGACUCGGGCCAGGGCUCCGUGGGGGAUGACUGGGGCCCCCUAGGGGGCUUCGACCAGGUGGUAAGCAGCGAGUUUCUCGAGCGGCUGGAGGCGGUGGAGGUGUUUGAGCUGACAUCGACGGAGAAGGCCAGCCUGCUGGUGGCACUGUGCCACCGCAUCCUCAUGACGUACUCUGUGGAGGACCACGUGGACUCCAUGCAGCAGCGCUCGGCCGAGCUGUGGAAGGAGAGGCUGGCCUCGCUCAAGGAGGUCAAUGAUCGCAAGCGGGCUGAGAAGCAGCGGCGCAAGGAACAAGCCGAGGUCAAAGGCGAGGAGGCUGCCAGUGGCGACACGCCGUCAGCCACCACCAAGGUGGAGAAGGAGGGUAGCGCCAAGAAAGAUGUGAAGAAGGUGAAAGCAGAGCCGGUGGCCGCAGAGCCGGAAGACAUGAUCAGUACAGUGAAGAGUAGGAGGCUGAUGUCCAUCCAGGCCAAGAAGGAAAAGGAGGAGCAGGACAGACAGAACAAGGAGCGCAUGGAGAAGGAGGCGGAGGAGGAGCGUGUCCGCAAGCAGAAGGCUGCAGCAGAGAGGGCCUUCCAGGACGGCAUCACCAAAGCCAAACUGGUGCUGAGGAGAAUCCCACUGGGAACUGAUCGAAACCAUAACAGGUACUGGCUGUUCUCUGAUGUGGUGCCUGGCCUGUACAUAGAGAAGGGCUGGGUGCAUGACAGCAUUGACUACAGCUACACCCUCCCCCUGGAGGAGGCUGCAGCCGAGCCUGAGGACGAGGAGGCCACCAAAGAGGAGACUAAUGAUGUUGAGGAGGACGGUGGCAGUCUUGAUGGUGCUCUGAGCGAGGGAGCCCACCAGGGGGCGCCAGCUUGCGUCUGCAUAGAAACCACCACUCCCAACCAGGGACAGAACCUCUGGUUUGUGUGUGAUGCUCCGCGGGACCUCGAUGACCUGGUGGAGAGCCUCCACACGCAGGGUGUGAGAGAGAGCGAGCUGAAGACCAAGCUGCAAGUCAGGUACCAGGACAUCCUCCACUCUAUCAACCUGGCCCGCAAGGGGAACCCAGGGCUGAGGAGCUGCGACGGCCACCAGGAGCUGCUCAAGUACCUGCGCAGCGACGUCAUCGAGGUGGCCUCGCGCCUCCAGAAGGGCGGCCUGGGCUACAUGGACGACAGCAUGGAUGAGUUUGAGAAGAAGGUGCGUGACCUGGAGAACCUGAAGGACUUUGGGGAGUGUGUCAUCACCCUCCAGGCUUGUGUCAUCAAGAAGUUCCUGCAGGGCUUCAUGGCCCCCAAGCAGAAGAAGAAGAAGAAGCAGGAAGGGGAGGAGAGCAGAAAGACUGAGGAGGUGGAUGAGGAGAAGAAGCUGGCGGAGGAGGCCAGGGUGGCAACUGCAGUAGAGAAAUGGAAGACUGCGAUCCGUGAGGCCCAGACCUUUUCCCGGAUGCACGUGCUGCUGGGCAUGCUGGAUGCCUGCAUCAAGUGGGACAUGUCGGCAGAGAACGCACGCUGCAAGGUGUGCCGCAGGAAAGGUGAGGAUGACAAGCUCAUCCUGUGUGACGAGUGCAACAAGGCCUUCCACCUGUUCUGUCUGCGGCCCGCCCUCUACCGUAUCCCCCAGGGCGAGUGGCUGUGCCCCGCCUGCCAGCCCGCCAUGCAAAGACGCUGCUCCCGCGGAAGAAACUACAACGAGGACACUGAAGAAGAGGAGGUUUCUGAGGAUGAAGAGGAGUCUGAAUCUGAGGACACUGAUGAAGAUGAUGAGGAGGAUAAGGAUUACAAGGCCAUGGGCCACAGCUUGAGAUCAAGGAAGAAGACAAAGCACUCUAAAGCAUCGAAGGCGUCCAGUAAGGGUGGAUCUAAGAAGCACUCUCCCCCCAGUAAACAGAGGGCCGCCCCUAGCAGCCCUGCAGACAUCGACGAGCUGGUGCGUCAGAGCUCAAAGACAGGUGUGCGUAGGCAGGCCCUGGAGCUGGAGAGGAGUGCGGAGAUCCUGAAGAAACUGGUCAAAUUUCGCUACAGCUGGCCGUUCAGAGAGCCGGUGUCAGUAGAGGAGGCGGAGGACUACUUUGACAUCAUCUCCAGCCCCAUGGACUUCCAGACCAUGCAGGCCAAGUUCAGCGAGGGCCAGUACCGCCACGCCCAGGACUUCCUGGAGGACGUCAAGCUGGUGUUCUCCAACGCCGAGGAGUACAACCAGACGGGCAGCUCGGUUCUCUCCUGCAUGGCCAAGACGGAGCAGAGCUUCACCCAGCUGCUUCACAAGCUGCUGCCCGGCCUCAGCUACCUGCGCCGCCGCCAGCGGAAGAGAGUCAGUCGGAACCCUCAGGAGGAUGAAGAGGACGAGGAGGAGGAAGAAGAAGAAGAAGAAGAGGAGGAGGAGGAGGAGACGCCGAAGGGUCGGAAGAUGCAGAAUGGGAAAGGCAAGGUGGGUCGGCCCAGGAAAGCCGUGGCGGAGCAGAGGAUGAAAGGAAGGAGAAAGGAAGAGAGCGAUGAAGAGGGCAGAGCGAAGAGGAAGAGCAAGCGGGCGGCGGCCACGUCCAGCCGGAGGGACUACCGGGAGCAGGAGAGUGAUGGCGAGGAGCGCGACAACCGGAGAACUGGGCAGUGGGGGGGCGUUGGAGGGGAUAGUGAGGAGGAGAACAGGGCCGGCCACCGACAUUCCAAGCGGCAGAAACGCUCAUAAUGAAGUCCAGGGUGCUUUUUGUGUUUGUCUCUUCACAUUUCCGCCCUUAAAAUGUCAACAGAACACACCUCCCAAUUCCCAGGAAAUGGGACUGAACUUCUCAGAUGAAGUUUUUUGUGUUUUUGGUUUUAUGUUAAUAUUUUUGAGUAAAAAAAGAAACUGAUUUAUAUUUGUAAUGCGAUUUAAUAUUUGGUGACUUUUUUUCAAACUGAGAAAUUUACAUUUAAGACGAGAGGAUUUGUCAGAGCUCUUAGAUAAUUUAAUUUGAAUUUAUCCCAACCACCCCCACACCUUAUAUUCUUGUCAUCCUCCCAGGUUUAAAGUUGUAAUUUAGCUUCUGUGCGGCUUAGGCUGUGAGGGAUGGGCUGUUAACCGUUGUCAGGAAAUAACUAAUUUAUGUCGAUGUACAGUGUCAUCAUUCUCUGGUGUCGCUUUUUGACGUGACUAAACACUGGCCUUUGUGCAACCCAGCCGUGUGAGGGCACCAAAGCCCUUGGCAUAUACGCCUGAAUUCUUCCUUCAGGCUACACGCACACACUGCAUAGCCAUCACUCUGCCGAAUUGUUGAACCAUUCAGAUAAUCCAGGUUUUUCUAAAUGCAAUUCAGUUUCUAGUGAUAUUGACAAUGAAAAAUACCUAUUGUAAAAACAACAGUACAUUUUAACCCUCCCUUCUGGUUGCAGCAACACAUGUUUAUCUGCAGUGUCUCAUUCCUGGUCCACCGCGUUGCCCAACCUUUCAUCUCCAUGAUGUCCUCAAGUUAAGUAGAUUAUUCCCCUUAAACAGCCCUGUAGUUUUCUCCCUAUAAAGGCAGACCUAGCUUUGUUUUCAUAUGCCUACUGUGGUAGGGCUCUACUGUCUCAUUGACAUUAUAGGCAUUUAUUAUUUUAAACCAGUGUUUAAACCACAAAUACAAGCAUAGCCAUGGUCUAAAUUCAUGGAAAUGUGUUUGUUGACUUGAAAAUGGGAUUUUCAUGUUUUGUGAUUGUUUUGUUGCACUUUUGGCUGAAUUUGAUUCAAAGGCAGUGUAUGAAAUACUUGCGAGCUGUAACCACUUCCUUCCUCUCAAAGAUUUGUCAACGGUCAUCUUUAUGCCAUGUCAUCCAUACAAGUUCUGGUUAGGUUCUAGUCCGAGGAAGGCGAUUUGUGUGUGGAGGAGGGUUCGUGGACCAUGGCACGGGUUGUGAGGUUCAAAUCCUUCAGCAGCAGGUUAUUGCCGUUGCUUCAAAUUCCUUAGUGUAUGUUUCCAUUCAUUAGCACCAGGUGGUGCUAUACUCCUGCACUUUUAACCUGCAUAGUGCAAGCCAUGGUCCCAUGAGAACGUCUUGUUCAUAUUCCUUUCCUUAUUAUAAUAAUAAUAAUAAUAAUAUGCCAUUUAGCAGACUCUUUUAUCCAAAGCGACUUACAGUCAUGUGU